CACAAAUGAAUGUAGUCGCAGUGCAGUAGUUCACCAGUAAUUACAAGAAAAUGAAAUACUCAAGUGAGACAGCAUUUGUUUUUUUAUCAGUGCUUCUGACUGCGUCAGCCUCAACGAUAACGUGCGACAGUAAUGGUAAUGGUUAUUAUAGAGAAUCUUACUAUAGUUAUGAAAAGUGCACCGUGCGAGAUUUAACAUUUUCAACUGCCGAUGCAGAGACCUUGAAUUUCCCGGUGUAUGCAAAUUUCGAAAUUAAAAACUGCAUCGUAGACUAUAUGUCGCCGGAAAUUAUGAAACGCAUGCAGUGGAUAAGUGAUCUUUCUAUUAAUGGGGGUUCCAUUCCCAAAGUCUAUCUGAAACCAGAUUUAUUAACAUUAGAUGUUAAAGAAAGCAGUACAGUUGAAAUAGUGAUAGAUGACAACGUUAGCAACCAUAGUCUAACCAGUUUGACAAUUGUCUCUAAUUCUCUAAAUUCGAUUCCAAAAAACUUAAACAAAUUAAAAGCUUUGUCUACUUUAAACUUUAAAAAUAAUGACAUUCAAUAUAUGAAUUUUAGUGAUUUCAUUGGACUAGACGAUCUCACAGAAAUUGAUUUAUCUUCUAAUAAAUUGUACGCUAUUGUGACUAACAACAUUAUUAGACUCAAAAGUCUGACUAAAUUGGAUUUGUCGAACAACUUCAUAAUGGAAUUGGACUUCAACAAUUGGAAAUUUCCGGCGCUGGACAUGUUGUCUGUUGAAUCGAACAGCUUGAGAUUUAUUAAACAUUUUGACGAAACGACUUUUCCGUUGUUAUCAACCUUUCGGCACUCCAAAAACGCGUGGGAUUGCCGCUGGAGUAAUACGUUAUCUUUCCACCUACGAGCUAGUUGGACAUCGAGUCCUUCUCAACUUACAUGCUCAAAAUCUACUCAGCUUAGCGCUAGCUUUUAUCGUCAACUCAAUUUGACAACUAUCCACGAUAAACAGUUUAAAUUGGAUAGCUUAGAAGAAGUGGAAGAUCAACUUCGCAGCGUUGUAGAGGACACCACGAACCAUUCAGCCGAUAUUGGACUUCUAAAACAAACCAUCUCUGCACAACAGAGCCAGAUUGCCGACCUGUUAAAACAAAUUCACGAACAGCAAACCUUUUUGGAAAGCUUGAGUAGUAAAAUUAAAUCCUUAGAAGAACGACCCUCGCAACUACCGACUAGUAGUGGCAACCUGCCGAAGGAUUUGGCGGAGAAGCUUAUCGUGGAUCUUGCUUACGUAAUUAGAAAAAACAUUGGUGAUGAUGUUUCAGUCUUCAGAAGCUCUUAAUAUUUUUGAUAAAAAAAACACAAGUGUAGUACAUUCAAUAAACAA